AUGAAUAUGAGCAUUUCUGAGAUCAAAGAAAAGGCCAUUGGAGCCAUAAUUAGGCCUCCUCGCCGUGAGUAUGACAUCUCUGAUUUGCCACUCAAGAUUGCAUCCAACAAUUUGUAUUUUUCACGCCAUCCGAUUAAUUUUCGAAAUCAAAACAAGGAAAAAAUUGUGGGUUCGUUGUAUUUCAUGGAAGGUAUCGACCCAAUGGGAGGAAUUCCGUGUGUUUUAUACCUACAUGGCAAUGCUUCUUCUCAAAUGGAAGGUCAAUUUCUUGUUCCUAAUUUAUGCCCAUACGGUAUUGCAGUUUACUGUUUCGAUUUUGCCGGAUGCGGUAAUAGCAGUGGAGAAUACAUUUCUCUUGGCUAUUAUGAACAGCGCGAUGUCGAAAUGAUUUUACAAAAUUUAAUGUCAUCCUACAGAUUUACAAAGUUUGUUCUUUGGGGACGCUCAAUGGGUGCAGCAACAGCCAUACUUACAAAUCAUCCAAACUUAGUUGGUCGAGUCGUAGAUUCAACUUUUACUUCGAUUUACGAUGUCAGUUAUGCAAUUGCUUCUUCAAUGGGAGUCCCAGGCUUGGUCAUCGGCCCAGCUAUAUGGUAUCUCAGAAGUUGCAUUAAUAACUUGGCAAAAUUCGAUAUUUACGACGUUGUUCCUCUUGAAGCGGCCAAGAAGGGCAUGGAUGUUCCAAUGAUCAUGGGGCAUGCAACUGACGACGAAUUCGUUCCAUUUGCCCAAGGGCAAGCUGUCUUUGAGGCUUAUAAUGGAAGUAAAAAAGAAUUUGUUAUACUUACAGGCGGCCACAACGGAAGAAGGACCAAUGAAUGGAUUUCUCGUGCUUGCAGACUCUGUUUACGCGUGUUUGGAAUGAAUCCUUCCCAAUACAAAUACAAAUUAUUUACAGGAUUUGAUUCUUCAGAAAAUGAUCCUCAUUAUAAGUCAUUCAUGGAUAUGAUUAAUUCCCAAAAGGCUCCUAAUCAAGAAGAAACACCUGCCCAAGAAAAUCCUCAAGAUCCUGAACAAAAAUAA